AUGGAUGUGUGUAGCUGGAAAGAAAUGGAGGUUGCUCUGGUCAAUUUUGAUAACUCAGAUGAAAUCCAUGAAGAGCCAGGCUAUGCCACAGACUUUGACCCAACCAGCUCAAAAGGCCGGCCUGGUAGCAGUCCCUUUUCCAAUUGGAGAGUCCUUAUCAGUGACAAUACCAACCAUGAAACUGCCUUCUCCAAGAUCCCAGGAGAGUAUGUGGAUCCCCCGGGACCUGAGCCAGUGGCCUUGAAUGAGGGAAACCAAAGGGUGAUCAUCAACAUUGCUGGUCUGAGAUUCGAGACUCAGCUCAGAACACUUAAUCAAUUCCCAGAGACACUGCUGGGAGACCGGGAGAAAAGGAUGCAAUUUUUUGACUCCAUGAGAAAUGAGUAUUUCUUUGAUAGAAACAGACCUAGUUUUGAUGGAAUCUUAUAUUAUUACCAGUCUGGUGGGAAAAUUCGGCGUCCAGCCAAUGUGCCUAUCGAUGUUUUCGCUGAUGAGAUCUCCUUCUAUGAACUGGGUAGCGAGGCCAUGGACCAGUUCCGGGAGGAUGAAGGCUUCAUUAAGGACCCUGAGACAUUGCUGCCCACCAAUGACUUUCACCGGCAAUUCUGGCUUCUCUUUGAGUACCCCGAGAGCUCCAGUGCAGCUCGAGGCGUGGCUGUGGUCUCGGUUUUGGUUGUAGUCAUCUCCAUCACCAUCUUCUGCCUGGAGACACUCCCAGAGUUCCGAGAGGACAAGGAGCUGAAGGUGGUCAGAGACCCCAGCAUCAAUACAAACAAAACAGGCCUCUCCCAGACCAUGUUCACUGAUCCUUUCUUCAUGGUGGAGUCCACCUGCAUCGUGUGGUUCACCUUUGAGCUGGUGCUCCGGUUUGUGGUCUGCCCCAGCAAGACUGACUUCUUCAAGAACAUCAUGAAUAUUAUUGACAUCAUUUCCAUCAUCCCCUACUUUGCAACCCUCAUAACAGAGCUAGUACAGGAGACUGAACCAAGUGCCCAGCAGAACAUGUCCCUGGCCAUCCUGAGGAUCAUUCGUCUGGUGAGGGUCUUCCGCAUCUUCAAGCUUUCUCGACACUCUAAAGGGCUGCAGAUCCUAGGACAGACGCUGAAGGCUUCCAUGCGGGAGCUGGGGCUGCUCAUCUUCUUCCUCUUCAUUGGGGUCAUCCUU